GACUGCAACUUGGACUGCCAGAGUGGGACGCCCCUCGUGGCUGCAGCGGGCGCGGGUCACGUGCAGGUUGUGGAGCUGCUAGUCUGUCAUGAAGCAGAUGUGAACAGGACAAACAUCUCUGGCACAGCCCUGCAUACUGCUGCAGCCGCAGGGCAUGUGGAGGUGGUCGAAGCCCUAAUUGCAGCUGCUGCCGACGUUAACAAGGUCUGCAUACGUGGAACCGCGCUUCUCGCAGCAGCGGCUGCGGGUCACUAUGACACUGUGUGCAGGCUCGUGGAAUCUUCCGCCGACAUCCGCAACUCUAGCAUGAGUGCCUGGGACCCAGCGGAAGCUGCAGCCUCUGAGGGCCAUUUCGAGAUUGCGCGGAUGCUGCGCCACGACAGCCUCAUGGAGGCUUUCCAGUGGUUCUUCUGGCGUAGUUCAAGUAAGACUUGGCUAUACGGAGGCUUUGGGCCCCUUAAGGGUUGGCAGCGUAGUUUAGCGCUUGAGGCUUAG